GAUCUAUACGCAAAGAGAAAGAUGGCAGAAGUCGCUCCAGCUCCACCCGCCGCCAAGGUUAAAGCGGCCAAGAAGAAGGUCGUGAAACCGAAGACCGCCGGCCCCAGCGUCAGUGAGCUCAUCGUGAAGGCCGUGUCUGCGACCAAGGAGCGAAGUGGCGCGUCAGUGUCCGCCCUCAAGAAGGCUCUGGCUGCCGGAGGAUACGAUGUGGAGAAGAACAAUUCCCGCGUCAACACCACCAUCAAGAAGCUGGUGGUCAGCGGGACCCUGGUCCAGACCAAGGGAACCGGGGCCACCGGCUCGUUCAAGAUGAGCAAGAAUGUGGAGACCAAGGUCCAGAAGCCGGUGAAGAAGGCCGCUCCCAAAGCAAAGAAGCCCGCCGCCAAGAAACCCGCAGUGGCUAAAAAGCCCAAGUCGGCGGCAGCCAAGAAGCCAACAGCCGCUAAAAAGUCCCCGAAGAAGGUGAGUAAACCAGCAGCGGCCAAGACGCCCACCAAGAGCCCCAAGAAGGUGGCGAAGAGCCCCAAGAAAGUGGCGAAGAGCCCCAAGAAGGUGGUGAAGAAGGCGCCUGCUGCCAAGAAGUCCCCCGCGAAGAAGGCAGCAGCCAUGAAGAAGUGA